UAGGUAACAGUAGGCAGGCAGUGAAGCACGCAGGCUGCCGACUAGCCAGUGAGUCCAGGUCUGGGGGUCAGGAACCGGUCUGAGCACAGAAUGGAGAGUCUGUGCGUGUACUAGGUUUUAGGAAUGCUUUGGAGGAUGUACAAGGAAGACACAAGGAGGCUUCAACAGAUAUAACCAGGGAAUGUCAAGACAUGUUUCAGGCCAUAGUAAGUGCAAAUAAAGAUGUCAGAUUGUGUUGAUGUUGAAGAAAAGCCACCUGCCCCCCCUUUAAGAAUGAACAGUAGUUCCCGUGACCCUUCUUCAGUGCACAGUUCAAAACCACUUCCAAUGGCUCCAGAGGAGAAGAACAAGAAAGCCCGCCUCAGGUCCAUCUUUCCAGGGGGAGACAAAACCAAUAAAAAGAAAGAGAAGGAGCGUCCAGAGAUAUCCCUGCCCUCUGAUUUUGAGCACACCAUCCAUGUAGGCUUUGACGCAGUAACGGGGGAAUUUACUGGUAUUCCAGAGCAGUGGGCUCGGUUAUUGCAAACGUCUAAUAUUACUAAGUUGGAACAGAAGAAAAACCCUCAGGCUGUAAUAGAUGUUCUCAAGUUCUACGACUCCAAAGAGACAGUGAACAACCAGAAAUACAUGAGCUUCACAUCAGGAGAUAAAUCUGCUCAUGGUUACAUUGCAGCCAAUACUCUGAAUCGCCUUCUGUCUUCCGGGCCACCUGUCAGCCUUAGAACCUGCAGCGCAUUAUUUGACAAGCAAGGGGGUAAGACAACUUCUGAAUCUCCUAUUGCACCUCCGGUGUCUGAAGAAGAAGAUGAGGAAGAGGAUGACGAAGAGGAAGAAGAAGAAGAUGAUGAUGAUGAUGAUGAGGUUCCACCUAUCAUCGCCCCACGACCUGAGCACACCAAAUCUAUCUUCACUCGCUCUGUUAUUGACUCAGCUGCACCUCCUGCUUCUGUCAAAGAGGUCACAACCCCUCCAGAGUCUCAAGUACAGCCAGAGAACACAUCCAGUAUGCUGUACCGUCACACUGACCGACAGAGGAAGAAGUCCAAAAUGACAGAUGAGGAAAUACUGGAAAAACUCAGAAGCAUUGUUAGCGUUGGUGAUCCAAAGAAGAAAUACACACGCUUUGAGAAAAUAGGACAAGGGGCAUCUGGGACAGUAUAUACAGCUAUCGACAUUGCCACAGGACAGGAGGUGGCAAUCAAACAGAUGAAUCUUCAGCAGCAGCCAAAGAAAGAGCUCAUUAUUAACGAGAUCCUUGUGAUGAGGGAAAACAAAAACCCCAAUAUAGUAAAUUACCUGGACAGUUAUCUAGUAGGAGACGAGUUGUGGGUGGUGAUGGAAUAUUUGGCAGGUGGUUCACUUACUGAUGUGGUAACAGAGACAUGCAUGGAUGAGGGACAGAUUGCUGCAGUGUGCAGAGAGUGUCUACAGGCUCUGGAUUUUCUUCAUUCUAAUCAGGUGAUUCAUAGAGAUAUCAAGAGUGAUAACAUUCUGUUGGGCAUGGACGGUUCAGUGAAACUGACGGAUUUUGGGUUCUGUGCUCAGAUCACACCUGAGCAGAACAAACGUAGCACCAUGGUUGGAACACCCUACUGGAUGGCCCCAGAGGUUGUAACGCGAAAAGCCUAUGGUUCCAAAGUAGACAUCUGGUCCCUUGGUAUCAUGGCUAUUGAAAUGGUGGAGGGGGAGCCACCAUACCUGAAUGAGAACCCACUCAGGGCCCUAUAUUUAAUUGCAACAAACGGAACUCCAGAACUACAAAAUCCUGAGCGGCUAUCCUCUGUGUUUCGAGACUUUCUGAACAGCUGUCUGGAGAUGGAUGUAGACCGGAGAGGGUCAGCUACAGAAUUGUUGCAGUCCACCAUCUCCGUGGGCUCCCUCGUCCCUUCGGCUCCGCAUUGGUCUGUAGUCAACCAUCCACUGCCUCAAGAAUCCAAUCCUUUGGCUAUGCCUCAUCCCUCCAUCUCUCUGACUCUGUCAGGUUCCUCCUUCCCUCCAGCUCUACCUCAGUCCUCUGUCGCUCUGGCUCCACCCACUCGUUCCUGAAACUUGCAAAGCCCCUUUCCAGCUUGACUCCGCUGAUUGUAGCUGCCAAGGAAGCCAUCAAGAAUAGCAGCCGUUAAGAUGUUCCCUCUACCCCCACACAGAAGCAUACACAUUCAGACACAAACACACACAAACAUGUGCACAGAGAGUGCAAGAGCAGUGUGUUUGUGUGUGAUAGCACAAUUAAACAGUAUCUAAAUUUGGACACAAACACUCUCAAAGGGUCCCUACCCUCAAACAUGUUGUGAUGUAUGGAACUGCCACUCCAGUCCAUCAGUAUGUGUCCACCUCUACUCACCUGGAAAGAAAAUAGGAACAACUGAAAAACAACUCCUGUGUUUCUUCUGGAAUCAAAAAUGAUGUGUAUUACAGUAGAACUCCAAAAUUAUCCAGUUUAUUGUCUUACUUAAUAUAUUCUGAACUGCCUUGGAUUACUAGCACCCUUCUUUGGGUUUUACAGGGUUUUUCCUGUUCCUAAAGAUGUGUACCUCCAAAUCUCGGGAUCUCCCCAAAACAUCUGCAUGACCGCAGCUAUUCACAGCAAUCAUUUUCUUUAUACAAGGUGUGUGCUCAAAGUCAGAGAGCAGUCAGAGAGAGAAAAAAUACUGAAAGAGUGAGAAAUAUAAGAACUAAAAUGAAUCUCAGAGGAAAGAAAAGUGCCCAGGUCACAUUUCAUCCAAAAUCUCAUCACAUUUCUUGACUAUUGAGAUUUUACAAUUAUUAGAAGGCUAUAGUCCAUGCUCUCUCUGUAAUUUUUUCAAAAUGAAUUCACAGACUUAGUUUUUAAAUGUAAUAUCUCUGCCAUAGGGCCCAGCAUUUAGUCAUUAAUACUACAACACAUAGGUCUAAACUAUGCAUUUUAAGAACAAAUGCUAAAUGCUGAAAACCAAGCCAUGAGGAGCCAAAUGUAUAGUGGGCUAAUGUGCUACUUCCUGGGCAUUAUGGAGUAGGAAAACCCUGCUGGUGUUUUGAUCUGCUCAUCACACAUUAUCAGAAAACAUUGCAAUAAAUUAUUUCAGAAUGAAAUAAAAUGUUUGCAUGAUGAAGGGCCAUUCACAUAAGACUUCUUGGGGACACUUAAUUUCUAGCGAGUAUUGUCAAUUUGAUUUGUCUUUCAUUAAUAAAUCAUUAGAAAAAUUGUAUAAUAUGAUUAACUAAUCAUUAGUUAAUAGAGAUAUUCACCUAUCUAGACAUAUAAGAUCAUGUGCUUGUUAAUGUUCACUAAUCAAUUUAACAGUUAUUGUUUUAUUUUGUAAAUUGAAAUGCUUAAAAUGUCAUUAAACCUUUUAUUUAUAUGAUAAUGUUUUUUUUUAAUUAUUUUGAUAGAUGGUUUACAAUGAUUAAAGGCUUCAUUAAUAAAUUCUUUACAAAUAUUAUAAUAUUUAAUGCAUUUUAAAUAUUUACAAAUGAUUUUAACUGAAAUAUUUGCAGGCUUUUGGUCUUUGUUGUAUAGAAAUCUUUUGUAGACUAUUUGCACAUUGUAUUUAUUGAAUAUUUGUUAACCAAAUUUGGAAAGUAUUCAUCAAUUGUAAAUGUUUAUAUCCAUUUGCUAAUCAUUAGUGCCUUCAUUCUAAAGUGGAGGAUAUUCAUCUUUUGUAAAACAUCAUAAACAUAUUCAUGUUUAUUUAUUUAUUUAUCUAUCUAUCUAUCUAUCUAUCUAUCUAUCUAUCUAUCUAUCUAUUUAUUUAUUUAUUUAUUUAUUUAUUUAUUUAUUUAUUUAUUUAUAUUUUUGUCUUUAUUGUAUCUGGACAUUUACCCAAUAACCAACCCAUACCACCAAACCUGUCUCUAACCUAAACCUGUUAAUUGUUAGGUAAUGUUUAAUACAGUUAUUAGUGAAUAUUAACAAGCACAUUACUUCACAUUUCUAGAUAUGUGAAUAUGUAUAAAAUACAGAUUUUGUAAGUAUUAGAUAAUGUUUGUUAAUGAUUUAUUAUUGAAAAUCAUUGUAAAUCAUUGUACUCCCAUGUGCACAUUGUUGAGCAAGUCACAUUUUAUAAAUGCUUACACGUAACCAGAUAACGGGAAAAAGGUGUGGUUUAAUGACACUUCUUGCCCCCAGAAGAAAAAAGAUUACAAUAACACAACAAUGUAUGGUAUAUAUUUGUCAUUGAACAUAAAUGUUUUCUGUCUAACACAUUGUGUUACAAACAGUUCUGAUCCAUUCAAUUGCCCUCUGUUUGGCUGCUUUCAAACUAUAGUUUGCAUCUUGUGUGAAUGGUCCCUAAGAGAACAGUUGCAAAUCCCUCUUUCACUUGUUAACACUCUUUAGUUUCACUGAUUUCCAGUUUGGAACAAACAUCAAUAGGGGUGCUACUUUUGAUGCCUUUUUCAGAAACAGUCACAAGUUAAAAGUGUUUGAUUUUUGCUGAGGAUACCUUAAUUCUCACUUGGUUUAACAAUAUAUAUUUAUACAGUAAAAAAGUAGAAGUUCUAAGUGUAUGCCCUAGUAGAGGAUGUAGGUGUUUAAUAGAUUGUCAACUUGAUAUCUUUCUUUACAAAUGAGUGUUUAUGUGAGAGUUGUGCAUAGAUAUUAUAACCUCAGCCUGCUUUUAGUCUGUCUCUCUAAUCACUGUGAACAAUUCAGGAUAGUACACCCAGACUACUACACCAGAUAGAUGAGGUAGAUGUAGUUAGCAACAACCAUAGACAUCUAAAGACAUGGACAGCAAUAUCUAAAUAGUGCUACUGCUUUCAUGCAUACUGUAAUAAAUUUUACAACCCCACUUACAGUAAGUAUCAAAAUGAUAAAUGGGAGUUCCAUUUUAUUGUAGCAGCCAGUUUCAUGCAUGACAUAACUUAAUUACUUUCCUUGACCUUUGAUAAGUUAGCCUUAAAAAAAUUUGAGGAUGAUAACCAAUGUAUGUUGUUGUUUUGUUUGGUUUUUUUUUGUUUUUUUUGUUUUUUUUAAUGAAAACCAGUAAUAUUCAGGCUGCUCUUUGAUAUGUGUUUUUAAAUAUUGUGCAUUCGAGUUCCAAGAAAAUACUGUCUAUGAUCAAAUCUAUGAUGGACAUGUUGAUGCAUAUUUAACAGAUAGCAGUGUCUUGUGCCUGUAACAGAGACUGCAGGACCAUUCAGCAGGCUAAAAUAACUAUCAUAAACAGUUACUGCAGCCUACCUAUAUUGCAGCCUAUCUCUCUGCAUUGGAGCAGAUGCAAGGAGGAGCACAAUGCAAAUUUAUUUAUGGCCCAUGGACCCUUCAUAUUUAAUCAGAGCUUGGACACGAAGUGGACUAAGAGCACAUAAAAACAUAAAAAAAAUUAAAGCGCCAUAAUUGUGGAAAGCGCAACUCCGGGAUUCCUCUUGUCUCUUGUAAACUCCCUAUUUCUUCUGAACGUGUGAACCCUGGUACAUGUGCUGUAACAAAAUUCCUCUAUUGGUGUCUAAUAUGGGAAUGAAACAAAACUGUACAUGCUUACAAUGUGUUCUUUUUAAUUUAUUAUAAUUAUGAGUUUUGAGAACAGCUUGAUUUAUCUCAGGCAAAAAAGUACACUAUAAUGUACUAAAAGUGCUCUAAAAUUAUUCUUUAGUACUUACUAAAAAUAAAUUUAAGAUCAGUAAACUCAUCUUUUAAAAAAUGCAUUUAGUCACCACUUAAAUGUACUACUGUAUGAAAGAUGGUUCAGGUGUAAUACUAAAAACAUUUUUUUAAAAAAAGACAAAGUAUGUUAAAAGUGCUAUGUUAGGUCAUAUUCAUGUAUGGUGAUCAUACGUGCCAUUUUUUCGGGACACUGUAUUGUAUUUCCAUAUUGCCUAAAAUAUAGGUUUUGGCUUUGUUUGCGUGUGCACACCGAUGUAUGACAUCAGUCCCUUAUGCUUUCUAAAUGCUCUGUAUUUUGAAUCAAAACAAUAUACAAAUUCUGACCAGGACUCAAAAUAGCACAGUUUAGUACACUGGUGAUUUUAAGUUUACUAAAGAACAGUUUGUUUGUAAAAAAAAAAGUAAAAACAAUGUGAAAAUAUGC